AUGGAUCGCGGGCAUAUGAGCGAGGUGAACGCGUCGCACGAUACGGGAAAUUUCUACCUGCCGCACCAUGCCGUAAUAAAGCCAUCGAGUACCACCACAAGGGUGCGUGUCGUCUUCGAUGCAUCAGCGAAAUCGAGCAGCGGAUUAUCAUUAAACGACGUUCUCAUGACGGGACCCACGAUUCAGGAUGAUUUGUUCGCACUUCUUAUACGAUUUCGUACUUAUACCUAUGUUCUCACCGGAGACAUCGAAAAAAUGUAUCGGCAGUUCAACGUACAACCGAAAGAUCGUCGAUAUCAAAGGAUUUUGUGGCGCGAUGACGACGGCUACAUUAAAACAUACGAGCUGAACACGAUCACGUUCGGGAUAUCGUCAGCUCCAUAUUUGGCAAUUCGAUGUUUGCAACAACUCGCCGAAGACGAAAAAUCGGAUGCACCGAUCGCUGCGAAUGUACUCAAGAGAGAUUUAUACGUCGACGACUUAUUAACUGGCGCUAACAUGUUCGAUCAAGCAUUACGUUUACGAAACGAAAUUAUCGACAUUUUAAAACGCGGAGGACUAAACAUCCGUAAAUGGGCGUCGAACGAAUCGCAACUUUUGACGGGUCUUCCUAAGGAGCAAAUCCAUCCAAAAUUCUUCGGCGAUUCCUCGAUUAAGACGCUCGGAAUUUCGUGGGACACGCAUAACGACGACGUAGUAUAUAGGGUAGAUCCAAAUUUCGAUACGAGGGUCACCAAACGUACGAUACUAUCAACGAUUUCGAAGAUAUUCGACCCAUUAGGUUUGCUUGCACCGGUUAUCAUCACAGCAAAAAUCCUGAUUCAAAAACUCUGGCGGCUAGAGUUGAAUUGGGAUGAAUCGCUACCCAAUGAUUUACAUACAGAGUGGACAACGUUUAUGCAGGAUUUCCUCACGUUGGAUAAAGUGUCUUUCCCACGCAAUGUAUCGCAGCGUGCGGUUGUGAGGAACGAACUUCAUGGUUUCUGUGAUGCCAGCGAACGCGCCUACGGAGCCUGCAUCUACCUACGAACGAUCGAUGAAACCGGCAAGAUAAAGGUGUAA